UGAGCAGCGAUGGCGGGGCAGCCCCGGCAGCGUCCGGCCUGGGCAUCGCUGCUCCUGCGGCUGUUGCUGACUGGGGUCGCAGCCUGCAACGCCAGCCCCGCGGACGACGGCGCGGGUCCCGGGGGCCGGGGACCCCGGGGACGCGCGCGAGGGGACGCGGGCGCUGACGAGGCAGUGCCGCGCCACGACUCCUCUUAUGGCACCUUCGCCGGCGAGUUCUACGACCUGCGCUACCUGUCGGAGGAGGGCUAUCCCUUCCCCACUGCUCCUCCUGUGGACCCGUUUGCCAAAAUCAAAGUGGAAGACUGCGGAAGAACUAAAGGAUGCUUUAGGUACGGCAAGCCUGGCUGUAACGCAGAGACCUGUGACUACUUCCUUAGCUACCGGAUGAUAGGGGCUGAUGUGGAGUUUGAGCUGAGCGCAGACACGGAUGGCUGGGUAGCAGUUGGAUUCUCUUCAGACAAAAAGAUGGGCGGUGAUGAUGUCAUGGCCUGCGUCCAUGAUGACAAUGGCAGAGUCCGCAUCCAGCACUUCUACAACGUGGGACAGUGGGCGAAGGAGGUCCAGAGAAAUCCCGCCAGAGACGAGGAAGGGGUUUUCGAGAACAAUCGUGUCACCUGCAGGUUUAAGCGUCCUGUGAACGUUCCCAGAGAUGAAACGAUCGUGGAUCUACACUUGAGUUGGUAUUACCUGUUUGCUUGGGGUCCGGCCAUUCAGGGCUCCAUCACCAGGCACGACAUAGACUCCCCACCGACUUCAGAGCGCGUUGUCAGUAUUUACAAAUACGAAGACAUUUUCAUGCCAUCGGCUGCCUACCAGACCUUCUCCUCUCCAUUUUGUUUGCUUCUCAUUGUCGCCCUGACCUUCUACUUGCUGAUGGGAACCCCUUAGCCACAGCUGCAAGGCCGACAGACUAGGCGGAGCGGCAAGCCUUCAGUAUAUAUUUUUCAAUAUCGCCUGUAUCAUUCUAGCUUCUGUUACUUAAAAACAAGUCAUGAUUUCAACAUUUUUUGGGG